AUGAAUACCAUUGACUUUGACCUCAACGAUGCCUUGAAGCACUACAUGUCGGAUCCAGCCAGCAUUUCAACGCCUGAAGCUGAUGGAGCUCUCUUCGACUGCGAAAAUGAUCCAGAAGCCCUUACACUCCCUGUCGUUAACUCUGUCCUGAACCCUAUCGUCGAUGCAGUCGCCGAUAAUCCAGAUGCCAUCAUGCGCGCCUCCCAUAUGGACUCGCUGCAGUUUCUCCUCAAGUUAGCCCCCAUAUCCCUCCAUCAUUCACCUGAUACUCCGACCGUGGGACAACAUUCUGAGCUAGAAAAUCCCAGAUACACAGCACAUCUUCCCACCCACGCCCUCAGCAAGAUCUUCGACCUCGUUAUGAGCGGCUUGAGUGCAGAGGCCGACUCUGUCCACUCCGAUAUCGACUCCCCCGACGAGCAGGACUCGGUACCACAUCAUAAGAAGCUACUCGAGAUAUACGGUUUCCUUCUGCAAUGGACGAUCGCUGCUGUUGAGACCAAGGCUGCUGAGAAGUCUUCGACAGCACCUGCUGCUAGAGGACGCGGAAAGGGGAAGAAGGGGGCUACAAAAGAUAAGGAUGCAGCUUGGGAUUCAGCUACACAGCUUCAGGCGGCUUUGGAAGUUAUGUGCAAGGUUCUCAAGCUCAAGCUCUCCAAGAUCUUCCUCACAACAAGCGAAAGGGAUACCUUUAUUGGACUCCUUACUCGACCGGUUUACAUGGUUUUGGAGAGUGAGCAACGAGUCAAGACAACGACGAUUCGAAUGCACUGCUUCAAAGUCCUUUGCAUUGCUGUGAAGCACCAUGGACAUGGAUAUGCGGCGCAAAUCAACAUCAUCCAGAACCUAACAUACUUCGAACACUUGUCGGAACCUAUGGCCGAGUUCCUACACAUUCUAGCAGAAACUUACGACUAUCCUCAGCUGGCUGACGAGGUAUUACGUGAAAUCAGUAACAAAGAAUUUAACUCCAACGAUACUCGAGGACCUAAGUCUGUUUCUUCCUUUAUUGCUAAGCUUUCUGAAUUGGCGCCACGAUUGGUGAUCAAGCAGAUGACAAUGCUUGCGAAGCAAUUGGACAGCGAGUCAUAUACUCUCCGAUGUGCUUUGAUCGAGGUCUGUGGAAACAUGGUUGGCUACCUCAGCAAGCAGGAUGAGCGCAGCGAGAACCACAAGUCCCAAUUGAACGCCUUUUUCGACGUCUUGGAAGAGCGAUUCCUCGACAUUAACCCCUAUUGCCGAUGCAGAACUCUCCAAGUGUAUAUGCGACUUUGCGAUCUUGCACAGAAGUUCCCCAAGCGACGACAAAAAGCUGCGGAACUCGCGUGUAGAAGUUUGGAAGACAAGAGCAGCAAUGUCCGACGUAACGCGAUCAAGCUUCUAGGCACACUAAUUAAGACACAUCCUUUCACAGUCAUGCACGGCGCGCAGCUGUCGAGAAAGGAGUGGCAGGCUCGUUUGGACAUGGUACAGGAGGAGUUGGAUGCUCUCAAGCCCCCCCCCGGUGUCCCUGGCUUUGGGGGCGACCAGGCAAACACGACUGUUGACAACGAGCUUCUUGAUGAGGCGACACAACUUGGCUCUCCUCAGAAGCCUACCCAGAUGACCGAGGAGGAGAAGGCUGCUGCCAUCAAGAAGGCGCAGGAGGAAGCUGCCACAAGUGAAGCUAUCGAGAAGCUAACACUAACCCGGAGGUACUAUAACGAGGCACUCAAGUUUAUCGACGUUAUCCACGACGCCACCACCACCAUCUGCCAGCUCCUCGGCUCAAGGAACAAGAGCGAGGUCAUUGAGGCCAUGGACUUCUUUGAGGUUGGUGACGCCUACAACAUUGAGCAAAACAAGGUCGGUAUUCGACGUAUGCUUCGGCUCAUCUGGACCAAGGGCAAUAGCGAUGAAGGCAAGGGUGUCCAGACACACUUGAUCGAGUGUUACAGGCGACUCUUCUUCGAGGCACCUGACUCGUUCAGUCCCAAUGAUGCGGCCAUUUACAUUGCGCGAAACAUGAUCAGUUUGACCUUCGGCGCGACACCCGCUGAGCUCACGUCUCUUGAGCAGCUCUUGGCGACAAUGAUGAAGGGCGGCAUGAUCCCCGAGGUUGUUAUUAACAAGCUUUGGCAAGUAUAUGGUGUUCAGAAGCGGGAGAUCUCCCGAACUCAGCGGCGAGGUGCUAUCAUCGUUUUGGGGAUGCUGGCAACUGCAAACCCCGAGAUUGUGGUUGGUGAAAUGGAGACCAUGCUUCGAACUGGUCUUGGUGUGCAUGGACGCAAUGAUCUCCAGUUGGCCAAGUUUACAUGCAUAGCUUUGAGGCGAAUCAACCCCUCUGGGCGUCAGGCUAAGGACUCUCCUGUCAAGUUCUCACGGUUGCCCAACGACCACGCUGUGUCAGUCAGAUUGGCUGCCAUCACCGAGGUUCCCUCAGACAGCAAGGAGUGGUAUGGAGUAGCAGAGCAGGCUAUCAACGCCAUCUAUGCUAUUUCUAAGCAUCCUGACACCCUCUGUUCGGACCUUAUCCGACGAAAAGCACGACAGGUGUUUGGACAGUCUCGCACCCCGCCAUCUUCGCAACCCAGCUCGCGCCCUACAUCGCGAGAUGAGACAAAGGUUGCUCCGACAGCCGACCAGACUGUGACCCAGGGUGAGAAGAAGAAACGAGACAACGCCAUCGCUCUGUCCCAACUUCUAUUCAUCGUCGGACACGUAGCCAUCAAGCAGAUUGUUCAUCUUGAGCUGUGUGAACUCGACUUCAAGCGCAGAAAGCAGGAGAAGGAGAAGGCAGCGCCCGCUAAGAACGACAAGGACAAGGAAGAUGCGGAUGAGCUUGAUCUGAUCGGAGGUACAACAGAGGAUGAUUUCACAGAAGCCAUGGCACACAUUCGUGAGCGAGAGCUUCUGUACGGACCUAACUCUCUACUAGCUGUCUUUGGCCCGCUGGUAUCAGAAAUCUGCGCCAACAACACGACAUACGCCGAUAAGGGACUCCAAGCCGCCGCGACACUCUGUCUCGCCAAACUCAUGUGCGUGUCUGCCGAGUACUGUGAAGCAAACUUGCCGCUGCUCAUCACUAUCAUGGAGCGUUCACCCAACGCAACUGUCCGAAGCAAUGCUGUCAUCGCCCUGGGCGACAUGGCUGUCUGCUUCAAUCAUCUUAUCGAUGAGAACACCGACUUCCUCUACCGUCGACUCGCUGAUGACGACGCGUCUGUCAAGCGAACAUGUCUUAUGACUCUGACCUUCUUGAUCCUGGCUGGACAGGUGAAGGUCAAAGGUCAACUUGGCGAGAUGGCCAAAUGUUUGGAGGAUGAAGAUCGCAGGAUCGCUGAUUUGGCAAGAAUGUUCUUCACUGAGCUCAGCACCAAGGACAAUGCUGUGUACAACCACUUUGUCGACAUGUUCAGUCUGCUCAGUGCUGGCGGUAAUAUGGAAGAGGAGAGUUUCCGCAGGAUUGUCAAGUUCCUUCUUGGCUUUGUUGAAAAGGACAAACAUGCCAAACAGCUGGCCGAGAAGCUUGCUGCGCGACUCAGUCGUUGUGAGACAGAGCGACAAUGGAACGAUGUUGCAUAUGCGUUGGGCAUUCUGCAGCACAAGAACGAAGAGAUUACAAAGUUGGUGUCUGAAGGCUACAGAGUUGUUCAAUCCUCUGCUUAA